AGCUCAGACCAGGCGAGCUCUUUUGUUCUGCGGCGGCGGCGGGCGAGCAAGGGUUCCCCAUCCUCGGAACAGGCUCCUUCCCAUUCCUCUCCCCAGCCAGCCUCCGCCGGACCCCAUUGAAACCCUGGGCUGCAGCAGAUCACGAUGCAAAACAGCGAUGUCCCUGUAGCUGAACGCACUCUUGUUCCUGGUGCCCAAUGGAGCCAUCUCACAGGUGGCAUGUCGACAGGGGUGAUGGGCAUCCAGCGGAGCUUCAGGCAAAGGCCCGGGUGCUGGUGCCAGGCGGGAGUGAUUGGUCAAGAGUGGACAACCAUGGCAGCAUCGGGUUUGAGGACCAGGUGAUAGAAACCGGCCCCCCAGUUCCUUGGUCUCAGUAUAUGCAUCAGCCACUGACCAAUGAUAUCCCCCCAAACCAUAUGGCUAUAGAAGACAGGCCUUCACACCCAGAGAUCUACAGCAUUGCCCUGUGGGGCCCAAAGUUGCAUUCAGCACUGACCAGAAACAGAGGAGGAAGAUCCAAUGCGCAGGCCUCCACCCCUAACUCCAAGCAACGUGGUCAGCAGGGAGAAGGAGAUGCCAGUGACGAGGGGUCCCUAGUAUUGAUUGAUGCUGAAGGGGUGCCCCACACAGUUUCCAAACAGGAGGCAGAGCUUGCUGGGCAGAUGCAAUCCUCAGAGCCAGAGCUUCUGGCAUCAGCCCCACCACCGCGGCAGCUAUACUUCUGUCCCAUUUGCCUACGGACGUUCCUAUACCAGUCAGACUUGGAGCGCCAUAGCAUCACCCACUCAGAGAGCAAGCCGUAUGUGUGCCGUGAGUGCGGCAAGGCUUUCAAGCGCUCCUCACACCUGCAGCGGCACAAGCACAUCCACACUGGUGAACGGCCCUUCAGCUGCCCGGUCUGCCGCAAAGGCUUCCGGGAAUCGGGUGAGCUCUUGCGCCACCAGCGAGUCCACACAGGGGAGAAGCCCUACCAGUGCCAGAUCUGCCGGUUGCGUUUCACAGAACGCAACACCCUCCGCCGUCACGCCAAGCGGAAGCACGCCCGUGAGACCUACUACCAACGCUCAGUCGAGGAAGGAGGCGGCAGCUGGACUACCGCAGGGGACUGGGAAUCAGAAAUGAUGUCUGGAGGUGGUGACUGGGGGACAGAGGACCUUGGGAGUGGCUGGACCAAUGAAGCAUCAGAGGACUGUGUUGAAGAUGGAAACCAGUGGGGGGGAGCUAUAGAAAGUGGGACAGGAAGCAGUCCUAUAACCAUCUCACCCUUAUCUGAGGUGGAACUCAUUAAGGACAAAGACAAACCUGGGAUACAACCCCCAUAAAUACACAAAGCCCAGGGGCACCAGGGAUGAAAGUGAACUGGGACCUGGAAGUUUGCCAUGCAAUUUGUCUAAAAGGACUUAAACCUUUGCAAUAGCAUGGAGACUUUAUCCCCCAAGUAUGGACAUGAAAGUAAGAAUGCAAUUCUAACUUCCAAGACUGUUCUAAAACAGUAUAUGUCUUGAAAUAUCAAUGCUUUAGCAUUGCCAAAGACUGGAAAAUGCUGUUGGUGGACAGGGCAAUCGUGUCUGUCCAUUCCUGUGAACAAAUAUAUCAUGAUAUCAGAGCUGUUGCUCGGUUGGAGGAAGAGCCUCCUGUAUUAACUCCUGUACAGGGUGGACAAAACGGAACAGGGAAUUUUAUUAAGUAUCUUGUGAUUUUCCAGAAGAAUAAGUGCUGGGAGAGUUAUGUUCCUCCCAUAAUCGUACCAAACAAAAUGUUGAUAUUUGGUAAUCUUCUGCAAGAUAAUUUGUCCCCUUCCAAGUUGUGUUUUUUUUUUAAAGUUUGCCAUUUAAGAUCAGCCUCCAUGGAAUGGGGCACUUUAAGUUUGCAUACAUUUCAAUGAAAUAAUAUAUGCAAAAGAAAAAUA